AUGAAUAAUAUUAAUAAUGUGGGUAGAGUGUUGGCUUUUGAGGAUAACGAGGUGGCAGCCGCGGCCGUGUGGGUGCAAUCGGCUGGUGGAAGUGAACGGCGGCAGGCAGAGGGGCGUGUGAGGUGCUGCGGCGCGUCGGCAUCGUCGGCGGCGGAAGGACUGGUGGGAGUGGACGGCGGCGGGCUGGGACUGUGUAGACGCGUAGCGGCGGUGGCGGAGGGACACGACGGCUGUUUGGUGCGAGCUCAGGGUCGCCGCCUCCGGCAGGAGCGUAGUGGGAGGUUGACCGGUGGUGGUGGACGAGCAGUGGCGGACAAGCGACUGACCGGCUGUGGGGUCCCACAGCCCUUAUUUUUUGUAUCUGUUGCGUUCGACCCCUCCCAUCGUCUUCAUCCUCUCAAUCUCAUCUCUCCCCUCGCCGUCAUCUCCUUCACCAUCACCGCAGGCCACCAGCGCGCCAUUACCAACGCAGCGUCAUCGCCAUCGCCUUCAUCAUCUGGUCGCGCCACCAUCUCCGAGCACCCUCCUCCGCUGCCUGCAAGCAUCUCCGCCGCGAGCCUCUGCCUCGCCACCGCGGACCAGCAGAGACCUCGACGGACGCCGACGACUCCCUUCACGCGAAAUCCGCCGCGGACUGCCAUCCUCCGCCGCCUUCUUAGUCGCAGCAAGACGCCGCGACCAGCCCGAUUCUGGCGAGCCCUUCAUCUUCACGAGCUUCCCUGUCCGCAGGACGCCUCACCGAGCGGACCUGCAACUCGUCACGCCGCGGCCAACCACCUCGUCACGCCGCGACCAGCGACCCAGACACGCCGUGACUCCUCUGCCGCGAACAGGAAACGGGUCGACCAACCACCACGAGGCUGCCUUCCUCGCCGGCGUAAAUCACAACACCUGGACUCGCCGGCGACAACUGAGUCCUGGCGAUCUGAAGUUUCAACCAACCGACGACUCACGAGCAGCAGCGACGAGCACUUUUGUGGGGCUCAGCCAUCGUCCUCCGUUCAUCUUUUGCACGAGCGGUUGUUGGUCCGUUAA